AUGGAUAAGUCAUGGAUUACUAAGCCACAGUCAUCGAUUGCAUAUCAGCAAGGGAUAAAAGAAUUUAUUGAUUUUGCAUUUAAAGGUGCAAAAGAAAAUGACGUAGUAAUAUGCCCUUGCAAACACUGCGGUUUCAAAAAAUCAAAGAAUAGGAGUGACAUGUUCGACCACUUAAUGUGGUCACCAUUUCCGCAGGGAUACACCAUGUGGAUUCAUCAUGGAGAGUCCUUUGUUGUACCUAGUACUAUCUCCCCUAGUACUACUCAAAAUAUGGUUGAAGAUACUAUCAUUUUCGAAGAUCCUAUUCAUAACAUGAUCAAUGAUGCAUUUGGAGUUGAUAUGAAUCAUGCUAAUGAAAUACCAUCCGCGUCAAAUUUAGAGAUUGGCCAAGAAGAUUAUGUGAUGCUAAGUGCAACUCAGGAAAGAAACGAAGCCAAAGAGUACUAUGAAUUGACUAGAGAAGGAGAACAACCUUUGUAUGAAGGGUGUAGACAAUAUUCAAGACUAUCGUUUUUGGUUAAGUUGUACCAUAUAAAGUGUUUAUGUGGAUUGAGUGAGAAGGCAAUGACAAUGAUUUUAGAGUUAAUUAAAGAUGCAUUUGAAUAUGCAAACAUUCCAGGUUCGUUCCAUGAAGCCAAGAAAUCAAUCACAAAACUUGGUUUGAAUUAUGUAAAGAUACCUGCAUGUCCAAACGGUUGUAUGCUUUAUUGGGGAGAAGAUGAAGAAAGGGAGACUUGCAAAAAUUGCAACACGUCAAAAUGGAAAACAAAUGAAGCGGUCUUUGUUAACAAGAAAAAGAAAAAAAUUCCUGCCAAGGUUCUUCGUUAUUUUCCAUUAAAACCUCGAUUACAGAGAUUAUUUUUGUCAUCAAAGACGGCAGAGGAUAUGAGAUGGCACGCAACAGAUGCUAACAACGAUGGAAUGUUAAGGCAUCCUAGAGAUUCAGAAGCUUGGAAGAAAUUUGACUUGACACAUACUUGGUUUUCAUCAGAUCCGCGAAAUGUGCGUCUUGCAUUGGCUAGUGAUGGUUUUAAUCCUUUUGGUGUGAUGAGUACAAACAAUAGUAUUUGGCCAGUUGUUCUCAUUCCAUAUAACACUCCUCCAUGGGUUUGCAUGAAACAAACAUCAUUUAUAAUGUCGAUGAUAAUUCCUGGAAAAGAAGCACCAGGAAAUAAUAUUGAUGUCUACUUACAACCCUUAGUCAAAGAGCUGAAAGAGUUAUGGGAAAAUGGCGUGGAUACAUACGAUUCUUUCAAGAAAGAGAUGUUCAAGUUGCAUGCAAAUUUGAUGUGGACGAUUAGUGACUUUCCAGGUAUGGGCGCACUUUCUGGGUGGAACACAUACACAGGGCUUGCUUGCCCAUCGUGUAACUUUCAAACUACACCCCUUCGUCUUAAAGCUAGCCGUAAAUGGUGUUUUAUGGGUCAUCGUCGUUUCCUUGACCGGAGACACAGGUUUAGAUUGAACAAGAUCCGCUUUAAUGGUGAACAAGAAAUACGGAGUCCACCGAGAACAUUAUCUGGACAUGAAGUUUUUGAACAGGUUAAAGAUAUUGAAGUCAUCUUUGGUAAAAAGUCAGUGAAAGAAAAAUCACUAAAAAGAACAUUUGAGGGACAACCUAUAGAAGGUGAUAGUACACAGUGUGAUCCUACACUAGGUCAUCCUCAACAAUGGAGAAAAAAGAGCAUAUUUUUUGAACUUCCGUAUUGGAAGGAUAAUCUUCUGCGCCAUAACCUUGAUCCAAUGCAUAUUGAGAAAAAUGUGUGUGAUAAUGUCCUAUUUACUUUACUAAAUGAUAGGCAAAAAAGUAAAGACAAUUCUAAAGCUAGAGAUGACCUUCAAAACAUGGGUAUAAGACCUGAUCUUUGGCCUGAUGAAAAUGGUAGAAUUUCUCCGGCAGCCUUUACUUUAAUGGGUAAAGAUAAAAGGAAUUUUUUAACAACUUUAAGGAAUAUUAGGGUGCCUGAUGGUUAUUCGAGCAACAUUUCUAGAUGCAUUGAUUUAGUAAAUCUCAAGGUGAAUGGAAUGAUGAAGAGUCAUGAUUGUCAUAUAUUAAUGGAACAACUCCUACCAUUAGCCAUUCGCAACACAUUACCUCAUGAGAUUUCAGCAGUUUUGAUUGAGUUGUGCUCAUUCUUUAGACAAUUAUGUGCCAAGGUAUUGAAAAUUGAAGAAUUGGAAAAAUUGCAAAACCAAAUUGUCCUUACUUUAUGCCACAUGGAAAUGUUAUUUCCUCCCUCGUUCUUCACGGUUAUGGUUCACUUGGUUGUUCACCUUGUUGAAGAAGUUAAACUUGGAGGUCCUGUUCAUUAUCGAUGGAUGUAUCCUGUUGAAAGAUACUUGGGAAAACUUAAAUCGCAUGUACGUAAUAAGGCAAAUCCAGAAGGGUCUAUUGCAGAAGGAUACCGUUUUGAAGAGAUUCUUACAUUUUGUUCAAGAUAUCUAGAAAAUAUUGAAACUAGAUGGAAUCAACCUGGACGUGUAGAUGAUGACCCUAUUGGUGAUAUCCAAACAGGAUCACGUGUAGCCGAAUUAUUUCCUAUAUUUGGAAAACCCGUGGGUGGAUCUUCUUAUUACACCCUAACACCAAUUGAAAAGUUGCAGGCUCAUAGACACAUUUUAACGAAUUGUCCAAUAGUUGACGACUAUCUAAAGCAGUUCCGAAGUAUUACUCAGAAUCAACUGAAGCGCAGUCAAAGAAGUGUUGCUGAGAUAGAUAAGAAGGUUCAUAGAGAAUUUGCUCACUGGUUCCGCAAUCGAAUUUGCAACAAUCUUGACAACAUUCAUGGACCAGAUAAAGAUGUUCUCAUUAGCCUUGCUUAUGGCCCUUUUGAUAAAGUUAAAAGAUUUACUGCGUUCAAUGUCAAUGGAUUCAAAUUUCGAACAUUGGAACGAGAUAAUCUUUUAAAAACUCAAAAUAGUGGCGUUUUUGGCUUGUUUGGGACGCGAAGUUAUUCAAGCAAUAGUGAUACCCAAAUGAGAUUUGGAGGGGUCCCUUACUAUGGAAGAUUGGUAGACAUUAUUGUGCUUUCCUACGAUGGCUUCACAGUGCCCAUGUUUAAAUGUGAAUGGGCUAAUACCACAAAACCAAGAGGCAUUAAGAUAGAUAAGUUGGGUUUUACUUCUAUAAACUUUACAAAACUACUACAUUCUGGGGAACAUGAAGAUAAUGAGCCGUACAUUCAAGCGUCAGAAGCUCAGAUGGUUUUUUAUGUGGAUGAUGAGAAUGAACAAGGGUGGAGCAUACCUGUUCAUUUGAAGCCAAGAGACUUGUAUGACAUGGGUGGAAAUGAUGAAAUUAUGUCACCCAUUGAGCCAUAUCCAUCACAAAAUUUGGAACAAAUUUUUUCGAAUGAUGAUAUUGGAACUUCAUCAGCAAAUGAUAACAAUAAUUAA